AGAGCUCAGUGAAAAAAAAAGCCACUCGGUGCUGAGCAGGGAGGGCGAAUGCUUGGAAACCUUUCACUCUUACUUUCCUCUCGUCACUCUGUCUCCUCUUUAUUUUCCUCUGCGUCUUCUCCACCACGUCGUGCUGUUUAGAAGAUAAAGCCAGGAUAACACGCUCUGACCAGAGAAGAUGAAGUCCCGCUUGGUUGCGUUCGUCACCUGUGUGACCCUCUUCUCACUGUGUCACGCCACCCCUCUGUUCUACAACAUGUCCAUGGACGGUAGCGGUGAUGAAGCAGAGCUGGAACUCCUUUUCCCAAUCUCUUUCUCCACUCGAGCGCCUGUUCAAGUCACUGCUGCUACUGGGCCUCCCAGCCUUACCAACACCAUCACCACCACCAUGAUCCGCCUGAAGGACUUUGUCCUGACCCGAGUAGUGGAUUUCCUGCAGGAGAAUUUGCUCAUCAUCAUCGUCGUGACCUCUCUUCUCAUCGUCAUGGUCUUCAUCAUCUGCUGCGCCUCGGCCAUGAGUCAUAAACGCAAACUGGAGGCCUAUAAACCGCCUCCCAAUGCACCCAGGAAGUACGCGGCUGAUAAAACAGGUGGACGCAAGAAUUCAAGCGAGCUCCAGGAGAGGCCUUAUGCUGUCGACCAUGUGAAGAGGGUCCAGACUCAGAGCAUGGCCUCCCCCAAGAACCUGCGCAUGCCCUCCAAGGCUCUGGUGGGAGAGAGGGGUAGAGAUGUCAGAUCAUCGCCUCGACAGGAGGUCAGGAAGGUCAGGGAUGCAGAGGAGGUGGGAAAGCGGAGAGAGGAGCCCAAGCACAAAGAGCAGCCAAAGCACAGGGAGGAGGUGCAGCAGAGCUCCGGCCCCAGCACCAGCUCCAGUCCACCAGUCUGCACCUGCCAUAUGAAAAAGGGUCACCACUAGGGCAUGUUCAAGGCUGAUGUUGGCAUAAGAGGUGAAAUGUUGCAACCAUGACAGAUCAGGCGGGUUGGUUAUACCUUGUAUUUGUGAAGUUUGUGCCAUCAUGUAAACGAGAAAAUCUUAUCUCAACUAAAAAAUGACAAACAGGAUUGAAGAUAUGUGACUGGAAAUCUAAUUAUUUAACUGUGUUGCUGCAUAAAUCAUGUCCAUAAAUGUUGCAUCUCAAAGUUUUUGAUUCAUACAAUGAUUAAAAAGCCAAAACUUGAUACCAGAAGAUUUCAGUUUUAAGAAUACAUAGCUGAUUUCUUUAAAUGCUGCAGCCUUUCGGGCUCUAACCACAGUCUAACAUCACAUCACUGUGCUGUUAAAGUAUCUUCACUUGAAACGGUGAAAUAAAAGUUUUCCUUUUUGAAUAUGAUUUUUUUUAGAGCAGAAAGACAAGAAAAAUAAUGUCUCUAAUUUUUGAUGCUUUCCAAAUAAAAAAAUUGUAAUUAUUCACGUGUUUUUGAUACAGAGAUGUAUCAUCUGUAUCUCUUUUUGCCUGCCAAGACAGAGGAACCUCCUCGGUACGUCCUGCUGUACACCACGGCAUCUUUAUGAGUUUUUCUCAGAGCUUUGGCUGAACCAGUCUGUCAUUUAGAGCAAAAUCUUUGCUGCUGUAAAUAAAGCAAAGUGAGGUGCCAGUAAACUUGAUUUGAUGAAGUAACGAAACCUUUUCUUUAUAUUUACAUUCAUAUUUACUUUUUUGUUGUUGUUUCAUAUCAUAUUGUAUUUUACUUUAAGGAAGCCUUAAUUCACAAAGUUUUACACCAAAAUCGACUGUGUUAUCUCUGGGAAGUUGAAGUAAAAACAUACAUAUCUACUAUCUAUCUGUCUACAUAUUUAUUUGGUUAAUAAUACGGAUUGGCAUUAAACUGUCAAAGCAGGAUUUGAUUGGUAUAAAAACUUUGUGAAUCAGGGUUUGAGUUUUCUUUAAAUAGGUAAUACUUAUAUAUAUAUAUAAGAUAAAUUAUGUUUUUUGUUUUUAAUAUAAUAAGUUGUAAUGAGUCCAAAAACAUGAGUACAGGGACAGUUAGUUGGCUUGUUUUGCUGAUGUGAGAGGCUAAAGGAGACAAAAGACAAAAACCUCCAACUCACUGUCCCGCUCCUCAAGUUUGAGACUCUGGGCAUCUAAACCAAAUGUGUGAUGUUCAGUUUGUGCGAUUUAUGGGCCAGACGUUUGUCGUGUUUAAAUCCUUUUCUCCGUUGAACCUCAGAUUGUUGUCCUCAGAUGUUUCCAGACAGAUGCUUCCUCUGUAAGUGACAGUUUUAUUGUUUACAAAAUGACAAUGUUGUUUUGCUUAUGUUGAA